AUGAACUCUCUCAACAUCCUCUCUUCGCAUAUUACGCCCUCAACCAGUCCCUCUCCAUCGCGAUCCAAUUCGAUCUCUGGUCUUGGCCUGGUCGCGCCCGAAAUCGGUGGUGCGACAGCCAACGGAGACACCGGUAGCGGACACAGUGGCUUUUUGGCUGACCGAAACAGUACGGCCACUACGCCCGGAACAGACGCCUCGCACUACCUCGGCCGGCCAUCACCGGGCGACAGAGCUGAGCGCGGCGCCAAUAUCGGGACCGCCUUCUCUGCUGAAUGUGCCAUGGAGGAAACCACCCCGCUUCUAUCACAAAAGGAUAUCCAUGAGGGUGUCAGCAGCACCGGCCAUGUGCGACUGUCAAAGUGGCGUGCCCUGCCCGAACAGAUAGCCCUGACGGUCUGGCACUCGAUCCGCUGGAUGCUGCAGACCCUGGCUGCUCCUGGAGCAUAUCUGCUGGCCUUUCUCUGCGACGACCAAAACGGCUUCUCGCCGCUCGGUGCAGCCAGGAUUCUCUUUCAACGUCCUCGGCCUUCGCCAAGCGACCCGCUCGGCAAGAUGGCUGCCCGAUUCGACGGGGCCGAACGAGACUAUACGUUGGACGAGAAAGUAUCAAGACGGCUGUCGACCGACAGUGAGGACGGCUCCAUGGCCACCUGGUCGGCUCGCGGCCGCUUCCCCAAGACGCCUUCCUCUACGCUAGGCGUGAACGCGUACGCGGUGUCGUCCGAAUCCGAAUCCGACUUUGAUCGCAGUCGCGUGUCCGGACGAAGCGGACAGGGACCCCGGAGAAAAGGAGCCAGCGACAGCACCGGCCGGAGAGGAACAGUAGGAAGCCGCUCUGGGGCUGACGACGACUUGGCGGCCAACUCGGUUGCAGGCCGGCGGUCAGUCCGCAUAAAGCUGAAUGACGACACGCUGAAGGAGCGGAAGCACCGCCGAGGACAGUCAUCGAUGACGGGGUCUGCGCGUGGUGGCAGCAGCAGCGACAACUUCGGCGGCAGUGCCGGGAGCAACGGAAGCGACGGCCCGGCCAAGGACAUCUCAGCACAGCUCAAGUCGCCCACGUCGCCGGCAGGAGCCCUGACAAGAUAUCCGCGCACACCGGCGCCGCCACGGCCGCUUCUCCCGCAGCGACAGCCGUCGUUUCUGAACCUGGAGACGGCCGAUCGGACACACCAGAAGACGCUCAUCCUCGACCUGGACGAGACGCUCAUCCACAGCAUGUCCAAGGGCGGCCGCAUGAGCACUGGACACAUGGUGGAAGUGCGGCUCAACACCACGUUUGUCGGCAUGGGCGGACAGCCGAGCGCUGGGCCCCAGCACCCGAUCCUCUACUACGUGCACAAGCGGCCGUAUUGCGACGAGUUUCUGCGGCGGGUGAGCAAGUGGUACAACCUGGUAGUCUUCACAGCCUCGGUGCAGGAGUAUGCCGAUCCGGUCAUCGACUGGCUUGAGUCGGAGCGCAAGUAUUUCUCCGCCCGCUACUACCGCCAGCAUUGCACGUUCCGGCACGGGGCCUUCAUCAAGGACUUGAGCGCGGUGGAGCCCGACCUGAGCAAGGUCAUGAUCCUCGACAACAGCCCGCUCAGCUACAUGUUCCAUCAGGACAACGCAAUCCCGAUCCAGGGCUGGAUCAGCGACCAUACCGACAACGAUCUGCUGCAUCUGGUCCCUCUGCUCGAGGGGCUCCAGUAUGUGUCGGAUGUUCGCGCGCUCUUGGCACUGCGUGGCGGCGAGGACGGACGGCACAUGUCUUGA